AUGAAAGGAAAAUCGUGCAAAUAUGUUUACAUAUUGCUCAAAGACGAGUUUGUCAUUUUACAAGGUCAGUCACUGUCUUUAGAAUAAAUAGAAAAUUACAGUUCUACAAUAAGGUACAGUAAACAAAGUUUACAAAUAAAAAAACUCCGCCUUUUUAUAAAAUUCCUGGCUCGGACAGGGUUUGUCAUGUUCUCUGAAAAACUAGUCACAGAACAUAACAAACACUCAAAAGUCUAGUGUAACAUAUAGUUAAACACUGUUUUUGGUUCUUAAAAAGUAUUCAAAUUAAAAGUAAUAAUGCAUUUGUAGAAGAGAAUACAGGAGUUUUAAUUUAUGACACAAAGAAGAGAAAGACAGUACUAGAAAAACAGGGCAACUGGUCUAUACUUCCACUGUUUGAAACAGUUUACAAUGAAGAUACUCGAGAGGUAAGUAAAAAAAAAGUUUUUAUGAAGAGAGGGUACAAGAUAAAGAAAAUAAAAGAUUUAGGCCAAUAAACAUUAUCAAAAAUAUUAAAUGUUUUUUAUAAUAGUUUAUAAGACGCCCUUUCUCUACUAGCACAAGGUUAUCUAGCCUUAACCAUAACUUUACACCCUAUAUUGAAGUGCCCUAAUUGUACUAAAAAUUAACUUUGUUUUAAAUCACUUAUUUAUAAACAAAAUAUUAGGUUCGACCAAAAGUAGCGGGACAAUUUUUAACUAAAAACUGUAAUGAAUUACUAGAGUCCCGCUACUUUUGGUUCGACCUAAUAGUAAUUCACGUUACUUUCAGGUUAUAAGAUACAAUAAAAAGUCAGGCAACUGA